AUGACAGCUAAAGUCGGAGAGACGGUGAAAUUAACCUGUCACUGCAUUUACGAAUUGGAAUCGGUGUCUCGCCAUUUCUGGUACAAACAACGUGUGGGUGAAGCUCCGAAACUAAUCGACAGCCAGUCCUGUCAGGGCGACAAUUGUAAGUUUAUUUCCAAAAAAGGCCAUAGCGAAAAUGUGUUGAUUCUAGAAAUUCGCAAUGCCCACAUGAACGACUCAGAUUUUUACAACUGUGCUGAUAAGGAUGUCUAUGAAGCGAUCCAGAAUUGUCCCACACUACUGGUUGGAGACAGUUCCAAUAACAAGGCGUCUGUGCGGGUGUUUGUUCCGCCGGGUGAGCUGCAUUUGAGGGAAACCGUCCCCUUAGUGUAUUUGGUCAGUGGAGUUUCUUCCAACCAGAUUGUCAUUUUCUGGAAUAUUUCCGGCUUAGUCACCGAGGGACCGAGCGAUCCCGAUACAAUGGAGGCGGGCGGGACCUACAGCAUCAGAAAUCACGUCAUGGUGUCGAGGGAAACCUGGAAAACUGGCGGUGUCUGUACUUGUAUUGUUCAACUGGGGUCUCCGGGCAAAUAUUGGAUGAAAAGUGUAUCGUUCCCCAAAGCAACAGUGGCAGGGGCAGGUGAGUUGGCGAUCUGUUCAUUUUAUUUUAUUCGACUUUAG